UUUGUAUGUACUGCGCAAUAGCCCAUUCCGAGACACAAACGCCAUCGACCGCCGCACAACUAGCAGCUUUGCCCACUGCACUUUUGCAAUGAUACGGAUCCACUCAUACCCACAGUGUGACGGGGUGCUGAGCGAUUAUUGAUUCCAGUCAGGGCUCACGUCGAAAGAGAAAGGCGACAGGACAAGCCGCAAUGUUGACCUUGAGGUAGCGCACAGGUCUAGUACGAGGAACUGAAGAACUCUGCUCGAGAGACGGAGAAGACUUUCCAAUUGAAAUAUUUUAAAAGGUCAUCCUUCAACAGAAUACGCUGGUGCACGGAGAUUGAGCAGCAUACACUGGUAUCCAGAAUCAACAUGUUCUCUCGGUGCUUUGUAGUCCUGUUGAUCGUGCUACACUCGUGGGCUAGCGUGGUCUCCAUUGCCGGCGCCGAUACCAACCUUUGCGUUCCUGCGGAUAACGAACGGACUUUUCACGCUCAAGGAAGUCUUUACUAUGAAUUCUGGAGAGACACCAUCCACCUUGACAACCCGUUGAGACCCAAUGUUGUCCAUACGGUUAGCUACGAGUUCCCUCCUGGCUGCGAUAUUGAAUUGACCGAGAUCCAGUACAGACUGAAGGGGGCAUGCAACGUUCGACUGGUCUUGACACGGGCCCAAUCAUCACAGUCAUCUUGGGGUGCAUGGUCACCUGUUAGCGUUUCAAGACACGACCAUGUCGAGUACCAGAGUCUUCUCUUCUCCAUCCGUUCCAUAGAUCAGUAUUUCAAGGUUAGAUUCGAGUUCUCAGCAGCUGGAUUGUGUGAUGUUUCCAGGCUUGCGGAUGUAAAUACCCUGAACACGUUGAUCAUUAGAGACAACAACGAGUGCCUAUCAUCCCCGUGUCGUACGGGUGCCACGCGAAGGCAGUGCUGCAAUGCUACUGGCCACUGUCGACCAUGUGGUCCCAUACCCGACUCAAGCCUAACAUACUGUGUGGAUACAUUCGGCUCAUACCAGUGUCGGUGCGUGCCGGGGUAUCGUUUGAAUCCAGCAACAUCUAGAUGUGAAGAUGUGAACGAAUGCUCCAGUGCCAAUGGACAUAGCUGCCAAGCGAGCGCACAGUGCUCUAACAACAUAGGAAGCUACACAUGCAGGUGUACUAGUGGUUAUCGUGAAGCACCACGGCGACACUGCACCGAUGUUGAUGAAUGUGCUGUGGGCGGCCAUGAUUGCCAUGGAAACAGGGUGUGUUCAAACACUUUGGGAAGUUACGCAUGCCCGUGUUCACCAGGAUAUACUGGACAGGCUGCAUGUACAGAUAUCAAUGAGUGUUUGUUACCAGCAACGUUGCAGUGUGGAAUGUUACGCAACCCUAGUCACAGGAUAUGUAGGAACAGUCCUGGAUCAUUCCAGUGCCCAUGCAGGAUUGGUUAUCAGGGCCCAACGUGUUCAGACAUUGAUGAAUGUGCUUCCGGAGGUGCUCUAUGUAGGUCCAUGUCACGUGACGGUGAUGCACGCAGACAGUGUGUCAACACAGCUGGUUCGUACUCUUGCCCGUGCUCUAAGGGCUACACUGGGAGCAAGUGUAAAGAUGAGAAUGAAUGCAGUGCUGGCACGCAUAGCUGCGACAAGAUGGUGGCGUAUCCAGUCAACAGACAAUGUGUGAAUACGAAUGGUUCAUACUUGUGUCCUUGUCUGGUCGGUUACACCGGGGAACACUGUACUGCUAUUCCCGCUACCGUCAUGACAGUGGACACGCCGGCGCCAACUCAGCAUGAAGUGUUGAGCGGUCUGACCAGCUCCACUUCACCCAGCAUACCGGUGUUUGCUAUUGCUGUACCAGUGAGUGUAUUCGCUUUAGCAGUGGUCUUUCUCACCAUAGUUAUCAUCAUACUGCGAAGACGCAAUAGACGUGGUCUACCGAUCUUCGACACACUGACCCGACGUCAACCCGAAACGGAUAGAGAUAUACCUAUGGAAAAGCGGCACAAAGCACACCACAAGCGUCUGAGUCUUCCAGAAAUCCCCCGUGAAGAACCAUCCCAAGUUCCGCCACGUAGAUCAACAUUCGCGGGAGCCACGCAGAGUACAAGUGGACAUUCAUAUGAGCAGGUCAUGACAUCAUGUGUUGCCGAUCAUUUCAAGCAAGACCACAUCAACAAGGAAUUAUGUGGAGAGGUCUUACUUCAAUGUAUGAGCAGCGCAGGUGAUUCUCAAUCAGAUGUGGAGCUAAGGAAAGGCCCAGACUAUUCGUACAUCGACGAAACUGGACCCUUAUCCCCCGACGACAACUACAUAGAUAUGCCACCAUCCGUUCAAGAAAUAGAGCGGAACGAGCACACUACCGGGCAGCCCUGCCAUGCAAGCAGCGAAGAUGCAAAGGUCAUCCACUACCCGAGAGUAAACCUUACAGAAAAUCCAGUUAACCUGCAGCCCACCAAACCUUCGCCAUCCGCACCAGAAGCCAUCCAGCUGUCUCCGUGUGACCUAACUCAUAAUCUCAGCUACACGACGGUUAUUCUACCUUCAAUCGAACCUCCUCAUAAAGAAAAUCACUUCGUUGACAACCCUUGCUAUGCAAACCCGAUGCCUGUUGUUCACGAGGUUGAUGUAAGAGACACGAACUCGGACACGACGUCAGCUCACCCAGGCCUUCGCAUGAACCCAAGCUAUAGUCUGCCGGAUUUAGUUGCUGCCGGGCCGAGCGAGACGCACAGUCGCUCAUCGUAUGAAGACAUGACUGUGACGGCGGCGAUAAGAGACGGCAGGAUUCCUUCGAUUACAUUGCCAUCUUGCCAUCAGAUGCUAGCCCCAGCCUCGUACGCUAAUACUGCUAAAGCGGAGACAUCCAGUGCGCACAGCUAUGUGUCUUUGGCAGAGGGUCUCACUGCAAAUCACUGCUCUGCGGGAAGUCACACAUACGACCGGAUACCAACUCCAUCACGUAGCGAAGAUGCAGUGUCUGCUGAUGAAGAGGAGGGAAGAUAUGUUAUACCCAGCCCUAAACCAUACAAUGUGUCCGAUCAUCACUUACUACCAUCAUCGGCCAGUAUCGAACGUGCAGUGGACGAGGGCGCUGGAGCACCAGUAUGCCAUACUAGUGAAGCUGAAGCCAAUGUACCUGAUAUCUGUACUCCCGUCGACACGCCUGUUUCUACGAAUGACGGUCGGAUUUCAUCGUGAAUCCUGGUGUUGAUAGCCGUGUGACGGAGGCCUCAGCUACAUGUACCAGGCGCCCCAAUCCAUUUCAUGUUCGGAAUUCUACUCCGGUGCCUGCUGAGGCGGGCGCUUCCUUCAGUGUGCUCGUGACCUCUGCAUCAGGUGCAGGUUUACCCGCCGUCUCCUCUACCGCCUGCUUCGAAGCAGACAGCCAAAAUAUCACGCAUUCCAGCACAACACCCGCAUGAUCAAGGAAACCUCUCGCAGCAUGCAAUAUACAACUGAUCAAUGCAACUCACUUUAGCGAACGUCAACAUGCAUGCACAUGGAGCCAUAACGUUAAUUCAUCCUUGCAUGGGUGAUCAUUUCCCAGUCAAAGAUCCUUCUCAUUCUACAUGAUACAUUAUCGUCGUACUUGAAGUAAUUAUAGUCCUCACCCACCCUCAGAAUCUGCGCCGAUGUUAGUAUUGGCGUACAGUAUUAUUAAACUACCACAAUUCAUGUAUUGCGAUACGACUUGUGUAUACCUCUCCUAUUCCUAAGAGUGCCAUCAAGAUUAGGUUUCUCUAUCUUUCUUACCUGCGUGGUAGUAAAAGUACAUAUGUUUGCUUAUGAUUGACACACACGGACAGAAGGAUGCGCCGUCAACAUCCAUGAGCCUUCACAACGUUCCAUUAAACUUGACGUGUUUGCAAACAUAUUCACACAAUUCCCUGCAUCCUAGUGGCACUUGAAAUUGGGCGAGCAAAGCCUUUGUGAUCACGACACGACUGCGUAUAAGAAACGAUCCAGCUCUUUAUGUUGCCAUAUUUGUUGUCAUAUUUAGCACUUCUGCAUGACUAGCAGCAACUGAGCAACUCCUUCACUUUGUUGGAAGUAACAAUGAUGUCACAGCCAGUGUUCCUACUUGCAAACCAGCAGUACUGUUCGUGCACAUAAUCAUGAUGCUAGUA